AUGUCGGUGGAAAAAAGCUCUGUUAGCAUGAAGGUGCGGCGUGGCUUUGUCAACUAUAACCAUGCCAAUGUGUAUGGUGUCAUAAGCGAUGGAUGGCCUCAUGACCAUCUGGUUAACAAGGAAGUAGAGGAGGCGCUGACAAAACUCUUCAGCCGGGUACCUCCAUCUGGAGGUGUAGGAGCACGUACUAGGAGAAGAUAUCGAUAUUUGGAUGCCUCAUCAUCAUCUUGGAUAUGUCCUCGUAUCUUCAUAACUAGUUUCAGUCACCAAAGUGACCGUUCCAAUUUAAUACGCCACUUCAACGUAGAUCGAGUACGCAAUUUUUUGGAAGAACAUGGGACCCCUGUCGAACGGUUCGAUGAGUCUACCCUUGAGCUGGAUUAUCGUCUCCGGCAGGCAAUGGACCUUGUACGGCACAUACGUUGCAAGGCUAAGGUUUCACGACCCGACGAUGUGGACUCGAGACCCGAGAAUUCAAAACAAAAUACCGAAGAUAAUACCAAACGUUCAUACAGAUCGAGAUUUAGGGCAUACAAUAGUCCAUUUGAAAUUCGUCUGGCUACUCCUGAUGGCAACCCUGACUAUGUAUCAACCAAUGCUCCUUCUGUGCAUUUGUUAUUCUCAUCGUUGGUUGACUCGGUAUACCAAGUGUUAUUAUGUAUUACACGGGGCAACAGCAUUGACUUGGGUCCUGUAGAAGACCGUUGUGUACAGUUGGAUUUAUUCCUGGGACGCCGCGGUCUCGCUCUACAAUAUGUCCGCGAUAUGCUCGCGGACUACUCAUCUUGGGGUUACUUGCAAAUAGAUGAUGAUACGGGAUCCUCCAACUCAAUGACUCUAGAAGAGAUAUUCAACAAGGUUCAUCACGUUGAUGCAUCUUUACUUGAUCGGGUCGGUAGGACGGUAGCGGACAUAGGGUUCUCGUUUGCUCCUUGUGGUUGUAUGGUUCCAUAUCAUUUGGGAGUUCUGAGCUUGCUGAGUGAAUUGAACAUUAUCAAUAUGACCACACCAUUGGCCGGUGGAUCUGCGGGUACUUUGAGCGUCAUUGCUGCAACAAGUAUGAAGCCGGACCUUGUAGAGCUAAUGCUCAUCACCGAGGAUAUGUGCGAAGAUGUGCAUGUUAAUGGUUCAUUUCACCGACUUGACGAUCUCGUGAAAAGUUCGAUGGAACAAUGGAUGCUGCCUGGUACUUACCUCGCGGUGAAUAAUCGCAUAGGUGAACUGCGCGUUGCUAUGGCAGUCCGUCGCCAUAUAAAAUACGAGGGAAGGCAGAUAUCGCAGUUCCAUGACAACGUCGAUUUGCGUGAUGCGGUUCGGGCAAGUUGCAAUAUUCCCGGCAUCUCUACUGCUUCGGCUGUAUAUUUCCGAGGUGAGAAAUGCUACGACGGUUACUUCGCGGCUCAUCUACGUGAACAUGGGUGCCGUGACACAUCAGCAUCACGUACGAUACGUGUUAAUCCGUUUCAGAUAGGUCGUGUAGCCAUUGGUAUGCAGAAACUCGAGAACCGUUAUGUGAGCCCAGUGCUUACAUCCAAGGAUCCCUACAUCGUUCACUACUUACGUCUAAAGUGCCUUUUGCGUGGCCUUUUGGAGCGAAAGUUGUCAUACGAAGCUGCAGGCCGGUCUAGUGAUUGGAUCCACGAGUUAUCGCUUAUGACUGAGGCAUAUGACUCUUUGUUAAAGGGUGAAACUGGUGUAACGUGCCAUCCGUUCUCUGGGUUAUUAAGGAGCCGGAUGUUGAAUGGUUGCCUUCGAUCUCGGCAGACUAUCAUAACGGAUUCCUACGUCUCGUCAUGUGACUCUCCUGAUGAGCUGGAUACCGAAUCUGACCUUGCUAACCUUUUCAUGCUGGUAGUUGCAUCUGAGAUCGCAUUAAAGGUUGGCCCAUCAUCUCGGUUCUCAAUGCGCAAUUGGUAUGGAAGUCUGCAGGGUGUCGACCUUGUAAGUCGUUUUGGGCGUAAUAAUCGUGCGUCUGUUUUGUCAAAAGCAAAUUUGGUGGCAUCACCCUAUUGUCUAAUUGACUGGUUACAUCAUGAGAUGUCUGUGAGUACGGACUCCGGCAACGUGGAUGCCAAUAUCGAUACAAUCAACCAUGAGCUUAAAGUUCUAAAGGAGCUACGCCAUGUGUUUUUACCCCCGCUAUCGUUAUGUUACUACUACACGGAGUUUUGUCGCCUACUUCCGAAUACGAUGAGUAACGCCCAGAGGAUUUCCGUCGCGCUCAACUCGUCGCAAAAGGCCGACAUUCGCUAUGUGUUUGACUCGGGUCGAAGUGAUGCAUUUCGAUGGCUGAUAUGUGAAUACAUAUCUUUCGAGAACUGGUUGGAUUUACGUAUUCGCCAACUGGAGGAGCGCGGUGAACUGGCCGAUCCUUUUUUCCACCCAUGGGAGGAUAAGGUUCGCGACUCCAUAACAACAGAAGGGGAUGCAAAACUCUUGCUGCAUGAGCGUCAACAUGUUGAGCUUAUGGGAUUACUGAAAUGUGUCGAUUGUGAAUCGGUUCUUGAAACGUUGAGUCCAGAUGCUGCCGCCAGCGACGUCUCUUCAUCUCUGUCUCAUAUGCUUGAGUCUUUGCAAAGCCGUGUGGCACGCCGAGCAAUUCUGUUGAAUGCGAUUGAUCCUCACUAUUCUCACCUUUUAGGCCACCCUCAGUUCUGGAAGCAUUAG